CUUUCAGUGGGUUUUGCGGGUAGUACAUUUUCGCGGCAAUCCGAACGUGAUGCAAAGACUGCUGAGGAAUAUGACAGCUGAUUUUGACGUUUAAUAAAAGGAGGUUGUUUUUUUACAUUUGAACAUCAGAGGACAAUAACAAUGGCUUCAGUCACUGCAGAGGACAUCAAGUCUGAGCUGGACACUUUCAACAUAGCCUUCAACAAUGACACCAUCGACAAAAUGUUGGAGCAGUGUUUUUGUCACAGGCUGACGGGUGAAGAAAUUGUAUUCGAGUGGUUUGCUUUUAGCUCCACCAGAAAGCAGCUGCCGCUCACUCUCGAAAACCUGGACCAGUUUGAACAAGAAGUACUGAACAAGAAGAAAAAGCCUAAAAGCACCUCAAAGGGAAGCCAAAUAAACAAAACCAGAGACAUCAACUCCAUCCAGGAGCUAAUCAGAGCAGAGGAGGAAGAGGAGAACAUGCUGGAUUCCUAUUCAACACCUGCCAAGGGCUCUCAGAAGCGAGCACUGACCACUCCUGAACAUCCUCAGUCUAAGAGAGGUGUAGCCCGACUCGCCAGUCCCAGUCUAAUGCUGUCACCUGCCAGCUUCUCACCAAGUGCAACCCCUUCUCAAAAGUACGGCAUGCGUGGGGGGAGAGGAGAGGUGGUUUCCACAUUUGGGGCAGUGCAGGGUCCGCGCUGGAUGGGGAAAGGACAGACUGCAGUGAGCGUGGAGAUGCUGGACGGAGGAGAGAAUUCACUCAUCAGCAGCUACAAAUACAUGUUUCAGAGACUGAGGGACGUGCGGGACGUUCUGACAGGAAAGAUUGAAGAGCUGGGAGAGGAAUUGCGGACUAACUUUAACAUCGAGGAAUUUGCUCCAGUUUCAUUACCGGUUCAGGACAGCAUCACAGUACUGGGGCAAGUGUGCUGUGACAGUAACGGAAAGCUCAAUGCCCAGUCUGUGCUUUUGGAGGCUGGACAGGAACAGGGAGGCAGACAAGUUCCUGUGGAUCUGUCUGAGCUUAAAGAGUUCUCACUCUUUCCUGGACAGGUUGUUGUCAUGGAAGGUAUGAAUCCCUCGGGGGAGAAGCUUGUUGCUACCAAGCUGUACGAGGGCAUCCCACUGCCUUUUUACUGUCCUUCUGAAGUGAAACAAGAAAUGGAUGAAGUGUGUGAGCCUGUGAUGGUCAUGAUAGCCUGUGGGCCGUACACUCCUUCUGAAAGUCUGACCUAUGACCCUCUGCUUGACCUCAUUACUAUUAUCAAUAAAGAUCGUCCUGAUGUCUGCAUUCUGUUCGGACCUUUUGUUGAUUCAAAACAUGAGCAGAUUGAGAAAAACCAGGUGACAGAAACAUUUGAGACCAUCUUCAAGAGAUGUAUGGACAGCAUAGUGGAAGGAACCAAAGGUACGGCAUGCAAGUUGGUGUUUGUUCCAUCUCAGAGGGAUGUCCAUCAUCAUUACAUUUAUCCUCAGCCACCCUUCAACCUGACCAUCAGCAAAGAGGAUACAGCGCGAGUGACUUUAGCCCCUGACCCCUGCACACUCCUCAUUGGUAAUGUGACUUUUGGCCUGACUUCUACAGACAUUCUGUUUCAUAUGGGAGCAGAAGAGAUCAGCAGUGGGACGGGGACAGAACGUUUCUCACGCAUCAUGAAACACAUGUUGACCCAAAGGAGCUACUAUCCUCUCUAUCCUCCUGCGGAAGAAGUUAACAUGGAUUAUGACAAGUUUCAGCAGUUCAGCCAAAUGAGCCUCACGCCUGAUAUUCUUGUGGCUCCUUCUGAACUUCGGUAUUUUAUCAAGGAUGUGAUUGGCUGUGUAUGUGUCAAUCCUGGCCGUCUCACUAAAGGUCAGAUAGGCGGGACUUACGGACGGUUACUCAUUCAGCCAAACCCUGCACUGGUGGAAGGCAAGAGAGUGAGCCCAUGUAUAGCAGGGCAGGUGGUCAAAAUAUGAGACCAUACAAUGUUUGAACUUUAUUACAUCAUGUCUGUAUUUUUUAUAUCUGUAUUAAAUCUUUCCACUUAUAGUGACUGGAAAUAAAAUACUUUGUAAAAAGGGAA